UCUGUGGGGCAGCUGUUGGAAGUGAACUGCUGAAGCCUUUAGAGCAGAGUCAGUAAAUCUUCUCACCAGCCCAGGCUCAGUCACUAAGCUGGUGGGUCAGAGAGCCAUUUACGCGCUGGGGGGGAAUUGCUGGCAUCGUGAGAAGAAGGAUCCGUCGGAUUUUCCCCUCUUAAAUUCUGUGGGAAUAUUGUGUUUGACAGCUCCUGUGUACAGCUUCAGCUUAAGGCUGGAGGACAUCUCCUCGGGAUGAUGAAGAUAUUUUCACCUUGCUCUAUCAUGAUUAUUGUUGCGCUACUUGUCGCCACGGUCUCUGCCACCAAAUUAAACGUGCCACGGCUGAGACUGUCCCACAAAGACCUGCUGUCCACCAACAGGUCAUCCAUCUUCAGCGGUCACCAUGGCCACCUCUCUGUUACCGCUGUCUUCCUGGAUGAAUACCGUGACCGUUUAUUCCUGGGUGGGAAAGACAUCCUGUACUCUCUCAUGCUGGGACCUGUUAGCAGUGAAUCGAAAGAGAUCUUCUGGCCUCCAUUACCUGGCAACAGAGAAGACUGCAUUCAGACAGGAAAGGACCCACAGACAGAGUGUGCCAACUUUGUUCGCCUGCUGCAGCCCUACAAUCGUACGCACCUCCUGGCUUGUGGCACUGGUGCCUUCCAGCCCAUGUGUGCCUUCAUCUAUGUGGGGCACAGAGGAGAGCACGUGUUCACAAUGGACCCUCUAAAUGUGGAAAAUGGAAGAGGAAGAGUUCCACAUGACCCCAGCUUCCCCUUCGCCAGCACCUUCAGUGGUGGGGAGCUGUAUACAGGACUGACAGCAGAUUUCCUGGGAAGAGACUCUGUGAUAUUCAGAAGUAUGGGUGGUCGCUCCACAAUGAGGACAGAGACUGACCAGAAACUCCUUCAUGAUCCCAAGUUCAUUGCAGCCCACCUAAUCCCGGAUAAUGAUGACAGAGACAAUGAUAAGGUGUAUUUCUUCUUCACUGAGAAGGCCACAGAGGCUGGAGAAACAGAGGGGGCCAUACACACACGAGUUGGACGAGUGUGUGCGAAUGAUGUCGGCGGUCAGAGAGUGCUGGUCAAUAAGUGGAGCACCUUUAUCAAAGCCAGACUUGUCUGUUCUGUACCAGGACCUCAUGGAAUCGAUACUCACUUCAACCAACUUGAGGAUGUUUUCCUGAUGAGGACCAAGGAUGAAAGGAACCCAGAUGUCUAUGCAAUCUUUAGUACCAUCAGUAAUGUAUUCCAGGGCUUUGCUGUGUGUGUUUACCGCAUGACUGAUAUCAGAGAAGUUUUCAACGGACCUUUUGCACAUAAAGAAGGUCCUGACUACCAAUGGGGUGCUUAUGAAGGCAGGGUUCCUUAUCCAAGACCAGGCGUGUGCCCCAGUAAAAUCAUCAACCAACCUGGCAGGGAGUUUGGCAGCACAAAGGACUUCCCCGAUUCAGUCCUGCAGUUUGCUCGCAGCCACCCGUUGAUGUGGCGGCCGGUGUAUCCAGCCCUUCGUCGCCCUGUGCUUGUAAAGGCCAACAUUCCUUAUAAGCUGAAACAAAUAGUGGUGGAUCGUGUUGAGGCAGAGGACGGGCAGUAUGAUGUCAUGUUUAUUGGCACAGAUAUUGGUACAGUGUUGAAGGUCAUUGCACUAAACAAUGGAAACAGUCUAGAGACAGAGGAAGUCACGCUAGAGGAGCUACAAGUCUUUAAAGUGCCAACGCCAAUUACAUCACUGGAUAUAUCUGUGAAAAGGCAAGCCUUGUAUGCAAGCUCUCCACUAGGUGUGGCGCAGGUGAAGCUCCAUCGCUGUGAGACUUACGGGAAAGCCUGUGCUGAAUGCUGUCUUGCCAGAGACCCUUACUGUGCAUGGGAUGGAUCGUCCUGUACGCGAUUCAUUCCCAACAGCAAACGACGCUACCGCAGACAGGACAUCAGACAUGGAAACCCUGCACUGCAGUGUGUGGAUCAGAAUCUCAGUGAAGACCUUGAUGUAACAGAAGACAGAGUGGUCUUUGGUACUGAGAACAACAGCACCUUCCUAGAGUGUGUUCCUCGCUCCCCACAAGCAACUGUCACCUGGCUGGUCCAACGUGAUGACCACAAGGAAGAGGUGAAGCUAGACGAUCGUGUGAUGUCCACGGAUCAGGGUCUCCUGUUUCGUAACCUUUUCCACCAAGAUGAAGGCAUCUACAUCUGCCGCUCUCGAGAGCACGGCUUCACGCAGACGUUGGCCCGCAUCACUCUCGAAGUCCUCCAAGGGGAGACCGUGGAUGAGCUCAUGUCGCGUGGACAUACAGGAAACUCUGACUCAAUCAAAGACCGGUCUACAGGGACUUUCAGAGCCUGGAUGCCUUGCAGCGCGUACAGCAGGGGAGGUUCAUCAAGCCAAAUCGGCCAAUCGCGCAUAUGGUUCAAGGAUAUCAUGCAGCUCAUCGGGCCGUCGAAUCUGCCGCACGUGGAGGAGUACUGCGAGAGGAUGUGGUGCAAUGACAAGCUAAGGAGGAAACACAAAAGCAUGAUAGAGAAGUACCGCCAAGCACAGGAGAGCGCCAGGAAGACUCGUAGCAAGAGCUCCGGUGAACGCAACAGGACGCCGCGGGAUCUAAGGGCGUGGGAGGAGUGACAAAAAGAAGGCGAGGAGUGGAAUAUGAGAGCAAAAAUGAAAGUGGGAAAAAAGACAAAUGUUAGCUCAGGACAAGAUAAAUAGACAGGCAUAAAGACCAGCCUAAUAGUUUUUUGUAAAACCAUGGUAGAUCAAAGCAGCGUGUCUCUUUUGCUCAUUUUAACAAAAUGAAUUUUAGUGUGUAAAGAAAAUUAGUGUAUAAAGAAUCUGAAAAAAAUGCUCAGAAUAUUUGACAGUCAUGUUGGAUGGAAGCACAACUUGAGCUGAAAAACUGCAUGUGAAAGUGUAUGGGAAGUUUGGGGUAUUAUGAGGUUAGUGCAUAACCCGUGUGUUUCUGGCUGUCACCCGAACAAAGACCGAAGUGUUCACCUGUCUGGAAGGAUGGCACAAAAAGAGACUCCAACUGAACUGAACAGGUUGUAGCUAAUCCUGAUGUUGACAGUAGUUUAAAAAAAAGAGAUCAGAGACAAUUUUUCAACUACACUCUGAGGAUGCUUUUUAAAAUCCCAGUCACUGAGGAGUUGUCUGCCUUCCCCACCUUUGUUCUUUCGUAUUUCUAGUGUCACUUAAAUGGCAGGAAGUGUUUUGAUUUAAUUAACUUCUGUGUUCACUGAGAAAACCUGCAAAACUUCUCAUUCUCAGAUUUAAGUGACAUACACGUACCUGCGGGUUGAUUUUAGUUACAGCUGGUUUCCUGCUUGGGAUUUCUUGUAUGUAAUCGUUAAUUUUCUUUUGCAAAGAGCACACACACACACACACCACAUACACUUUUUUUUUUUUUUUGCAAAAAUUUCAUACGAUGCAGUUCACUGGAUUCAUUUCCUUCUUGUUUUACAUUUAAUGACCUGUGUCUCUUACCUUGCUUGUUAUUACAUAUUCAUGUUUGACUUCAGCUCAUAAAUGACUUUGCAGUAUAUUUGCAGAAGGAAAGUGCAACUUGUAAACAUGUUUAGGCAAUUGCUGUAUCUGAUCUAAGUCUGUCUGGCUCCAUUUGUGCCGAGUCUUACAUUAAUGGAAGUCUCACUCAAACGGCUAAAUGCAUAAGCUCAAACCAGAAGCUACCAUAAGACGACUGUUGAUGGUUCAGCAGAUUAAAAGGCACAUGGCUUUAUUUUUAUUCCACUGGGUUGAACUUUCCAUUAAACAACAUGGUGGUUUAUUUUUCAUGAUUUUGGUUACAUGCCAUAACACCUCUUAGAAAGAACCCGCAUGAUACUUGUCUCUGAUAUUUACCUCUGUGAACUUUAUGCGUCUCAGUGCAAUAAGUGCUCUCACUAAAGCUCCUUUUUAGUCCUUUCCAUCAAGCUAAAGUCACUGGCACAUGUCAGCAUCGUGUCUGAAUGAGGACCCUGAUUUAUUUUGCCAUACAAAUAACAAUUAUUUUAAUAACCUCUUAAUUUAUGCAUUUAUUGUGUCUGUACAAAAUGACUCAGCAUUAUGCUUUCAAUUUGUCUGUGUGACAAUCUCAUAAACAUCUUCAAAUAGCUUCUUUUUUUCUUUUCAAGUGCUGGUUAAAAGGAGCUAUUCAAGUCAAAAUUACAUAACUUGACCUCUCUGUGGGGGAUCCUGCCUCACUCUUAAGCCACCCACUAAACUAAUUUUCCCACAGUUUCUCUGUGUGCUGAAGCUCUCCGAUGAUAAUGGAGGGAACGAUAGAAAGGGGUCAAGUGUAUUGGCUGGCUCCUCUUGUUUUCUGCAGUGUAAACACUAGUUUUAAGAGAAGCUUUGUUGUUAAAAUAUGAUUUAUGAUUGCUGAGACUCGAAAAGAAUUUCUAAAUUGGAGGGUGGAAAAGAGAAUGUAAGGUUGACAUCAUGGAACAGAGCACAUAUCUCAAGACAGAAGGGAUUGACACUGAACAAACAUACUAGUCUGGAAAGAAGUGAAUUUCACACUCACGUUUAUCCUCCCUGUGUUGGUGUAGCAGUAAUGACGAGAUCUCAAUCUCCCUCCAUCUGCCCCAGGUCCUCCUAAGGCUUCACUUUGCUUUUGGUUUCUAACUGUUAAGUGUUGUCUGAAAAACUACAAAUACUCAAUAAGGUGAAAUAUAAGCAUUCUAUAUUUGGGUAAAACACAUAGUUUCUGUUAGGAUUAUCAAAGUAUUGCGAUUCUGAUUCUGAUAAAAUAUUCAUGAACAAAAUGUAAAAAUCCAUCAUAACAAGACAAAAUCUGUUUGUUGAACUUGGGUGAGACAUGAGUGUUGGGAUGACUUCUCUGUUAACACCAGCCUCAUAUUUAUUCAGACUAUUAUCCAGAGACACCAGUGGCCAGUGAUCUCUUCCACAUAAACACUGUUUUUGGAGAUUUGCUUAAAAAUAAGAGAUGGUUUUCAUUUCCAUUUUCCUGAUAAAAUGCUUUAAAAGAAGUGAAGUUCAGGAAAGACAAAAACUAAAUAACAGAAUAGCUAUGAAGCUGCACGUGGAUAGAAAUAAGAUCUUAGGAGCAUCUGAAGACACAGAGAUCUGGUAAAAAACUGUAUAAGAAGACCAGGUAAUUAAGUAUGCUUAGCAAAAGGCAAUUCUUCAUAAACACAGGGAGUGUGUGCUAUACGUAUAACGACAACAAUGCACUUAUUCUUAUAGUCCUUCCAGUAUUUACAGUUAAAUGGGAAGCUCUGUGGUCUGUGUCGAUGGCUUUUCAAAACAGAAAAGAAAUGACAGUGACAAAAGCAGAAAAAAGAGUCAGGGUGUUGUUAAGUAAAGAGGUACUAUAAGCAUCUUAUGAAGGCUGUAUUUGGAAUUCCUAAAGAUCCUAACCCAUAAUAUUAUUUUUUUAAAUAUAUCAUUCUAUAAUAUUUCUAAAAUGUGAUCCCCCCGAACUCCAACCCCAGUUUUGCAGCAAAUGAUCAUUUUUAAUCCAUCGAAGUUUAUUUUCUUAGUUUGAGAGUAUGAGAAAGCCGAUUAAAUGACACCUAUUACUUGUGUUUUCUCUAUAAACUCUUCUUCUACUGCACUGUUAAUCUUAAAGAAAAUGACGAUAACAGGAUGGAAGAGGGUUUUUUUCUCAAAGCUUCCUAUUUUAGUGUGAACGUUUUUCCUUUUCUUGUGGUCUUUUGUUUGAGCUUCUGCUUAUCUAAGUAAGGCAUGAAUUACUACCACUGCGACAUUUUAAAAAUCUUUAAGGUGUAGUUGAUUUGUAAUCGUGAUUGUAAACAUAGUAAAAUUGUAUAAACAUGCAAAUUUCCAUCUAACUGUCAGAGGAGAGGAAAUUGCCAAAAAUAAAUGCUAAAACUUGCUGUUACUUAACUUAUAUAUUGAAAUUUAACAAGUAUGGACUCCAUAUUUACAGACAAAUGUGCCGUGACUGACUAAAUGCAGUUAUUUGUGCAUGGUUCAUAAACAAUGUAAAUCCAUUCAGUGCUUUUCAGAUUUGCACAAAGUGUGUUUUGUUAUUGCAUGUGAUAUUUCUAUUUUUAUCUUCUUAGGAUGAUGUUCUUAUGAUGUUCACUUUCUAUAGCUAUCCCAUGCUCUCGAGAUCAUUUCAUUUUCAUGUAAAGUUGUUUUUUAAUGAUUAUAUAAAACAACUGAUGGAUUGGUCAUUUGAUGGGGAUUCAAUCACCCGUUAAUAUCAUGAUACUUGUGUUUUAAGACACCUUUUUGACAGUCUUCAUUCUGACAUGCAAAUAGAUGUAAGUGCAAAACUUUUCAUCCCAUUCUAUUUGAUGUAUAACACCAUGACUUAUAUAAAUUGAAAUGGGCUAUAACUAAUGCUAUUAAUCACACCAGCAGAAACAAUCUGUCAAAAUGAACCUUUCUGAGGCAGGAGGCUUGUUUCAGUGUUUACACCCUCUGGCAAAAAAUUAUGGCAUCAUUGCAUGUGGAGGAUCUUCAUUCAACUCCUUUACCUUGUAGCAAAUAAACAAACUGUGUCACAAAACUGUUUUUAAUAGUGGAACAUGAAAGAUACCUCAAGCACAUUAAAUAAUUGUAAGUAAUAUAUUUGGUUUUUUCAAAAUCAAGUAGAGGAAGAGAAGCUGUUGCACCCGGCUGAUUGAAAGGAGGCAAGCCCCCAACAAGAGAGCUGUCAGUUAAAUCAAACUCAUUGCCAGAAGAAUCCAACACUAAGUGUGGCUAAAGAUGUUUGUUCCCAGUCAACCGUGUCUAUAACCUGGAGUAAGUACAACCAAAAUGGGAAAGUUCUAGGAGGAAACAUGCGGGUAGACAGGAGAUGUCAAAGUGUCGGGAUAGAAAAUCAAAGCAGUAUGCCCUGAAAGUGGAAAAUGUUCAAAGCUGUUAACAAAUGGGCCGUAACAGGAUUCCAUGUUUGUGACAGAAUUAUAAAAAUGAAAUGUGAUCUACAUACAGAAAACCAAAAAGAAAACCAGCACUAACAUCUAAGCAGAAACAAAGUUACAGUGAGCUAAAAAGAGAAAGAAAAGAAGCAAUCUUGGGACUAUGGAUGAUUGGAUGAAAGUGACCCCAGUGAUAAAUCACAAAGUCAGCCUACUGGGCAAGAAAAAGGUACCCUGAUGCUGUUCCAAUGACACAUAUAUGAAGAUGACUGCUUGAUGAAAACAAGCAAACUUUACCAGAUAAAAGGCCCGGGGAAGUUGGCAAUCAUUACUUCAGCAGUAAAUGCAGAAGUGUAGACUCAGAUUUUAGGACCCUUCUCAUCGGAAAGCAGGUUUGGUGAUGAUAAUAAAGUCAUUUAUCAGGUUGACAGUACCUCUUGCAAGAGCCUUAAGAAGUUAUAGAGCCUUAAAACCUUGAAUCAGAAAAGGCCCAUUACCUCAGUGCUAUGGACACAAAAAAAGGGUUAAGAUAUCAAUCUGACUGAAAAUUUAUGGUAAAAAACUGAGCUCAGCUGUUAUUUGAAAAAGUUGGAAUUAACCAGAUGGAGAGUAUUGCUUUUCAUUAGUGAGCUCCAUGCCUCAAACCUUUUGGGGCGUCAUAAAAGCCUGACGAGGUACUAAAUUGAGAUGAUUUCCUCAACAGUGAUUCCAUUUUUUUCCCUCCACGUGAUCUUGAACAGAAAUGUCAUGUAUUAAAAUAGUUGAAAUUAAUUUGUUUGAGGUAUGAUUCAUGAAGCCAGAAUGUUCAGCUAAUGAAUAAAAUAGUUCUGUGUCAUAUCUGUGAUUUAUUAUUGUGCCGUGAUACCAUAGUUUUGCCGGGAGCUGUAGCUGCUCCUCCUGAAUUUGACAGAAGUCUGCACAUGCUCUAAACUCCACAGUUAAGGUGCAUUAAGAAACAAAAUGCAAAAUGUGGUUUAUCAGUUAUACAAUAGAAAAGCCUGUAGUUCAGUAGUUGCAGUCCAGCUAGCACAUAAUCAUUUUAAACCUGAAAGGUUCUUGCUUUUAACCGUGAGGAUUCUUCAGCUAAAAAUACUUUGCUUUGUGAAGUUUCCCAUUAUUAUGUGGUUUAAAAAAGUGUGCUGGUUUUAGACUCUGGCAGAAAGAGUCUUAUUUAAAUGUAUAUUUAAAUACUAUUUAAAUGUCUUUCUAUCCUGCAUGCUAUGAACUUGUAUGCUAUUUAACACAAUUAAACGUUUUUAA